AUGUACCAGCAGGAGGAGGAGGCGGAGGGGGACGACGACGACGACGAAGCGCAGAAGCCAGAGAAGCCGCCGCCCCGCCCGACCGCCUGCGACACCGCGGCGUCCGGGUCACAGGGAGAAGACAGAGGAGCCAAAGGCCGAUUAUCCACUUUGAGGAGUUUCAUUUCAACCAUUAAUCAGAAGAAAGAGGGAGCUGAGAGCAGAGGAUCCCCUCCUCCACUUGCUGCACCUAGCAUCAAAAAUGGGAGAGAGCGACCACCGAUUUGCCUUGAUGUGAGACAAAAACAACGUGUCUCUCCAGACGCUUUGCCUCCUGAAAUGAAGGCACCAACCCCUGCAGAACCUGCCCUCCCUCUCCUCAACAAAACUAUUCAAAACUUUCAGGAGAAUGUGGAGAAAGUUAAGUCAUCCGGAGAAUGGAAAGCUGUACAUGAUUUUUAUCUAACAACAUUUGAUUCUUUCUUGCAACUAAAUGCUGCAUUUAAGAAAGAUGCCAAUGCUCCAUUUAAUACCACUGAGGAUUCUGGGAUCAAUGCUCAGUUUGUGAAUGCUGUGUAUGAUGCCUUAUUAAAUACUCCUCAAGAUAUUCAGAAGUCAGUACUAAAGGGAAUCAUUAACAGUCUAUUAAUGGAAUGGAAAGGGCCGCGAAUAAAAGAUGAUCUUAGAGCAUACUUUAUACUUUUACAGAAUCCUCAGUUUAGCAUGACAUCUACUUAUGUCAUCUAUGCUCACUUACUAAGGCAGAUAGCCACCUUACCCGAAGCUGAUCAUCAUUUCUUGGUUCACUGGUUUAAAAACCUAUCACAGAAGAGAUUCAAGCAGUUGGUAGACAGAUUGCUGCAGUUUAUUUCUCUUCGCCUGUUUCCUGCAAAGCCUGAAGAACUCCCGCCCAUGAUAAAAUGUUCCUGGUGGAUUCCUUCCGCUACCAAAGUCUUGGCUUUACUUAGUGCUGCAAACAGCCUAGUUAAUCCUCCUAUUAUCCCUUACACUGAUUUCUAUAAUUCUACACUGGAUCACAUUGAUCUUCUGGAAGAGUAUCAUACUUGGCAGAACUAUGCCUCUCAUAGGUUUUCCUUUUGUCAGUACCCAUUCAUUAUUUCUAUAGCUGCAAAAAAAGUCAUCAUUCAGAGGGAUUCAGAGCAACAGAUGAUCACCAUUGCACGGCAAAGCCUGGUGGACAAAGUAUCUCGGAGGCAGAGACCUGACAUGAAUAUGUUAUUUCUAAAUAUGAAAGUAAGGAGAACGCAUCUGGUUAGCGAUUCACUUGAUGAGCUAACACGAAAAACAGCGGAUUUGAAAAAGAAACUGAAGGUUACAUUUGUAGGGGAGGCUGGCCUCGAUAUGGGCGGCUUGACAAAGGAAUGGUUCCUUCUUCUAAUUCGCCAGAUUUUUCAUCCAGACUAUGGUAUGUUUGCUUAUCACAAGGAUUCACACAGUCAUUGGUUUAGCGGCUUUAAAUGUGAUAAUUAUUCUGAAUUCCGAUUGGUUGGAAUUCUUAUGGGACUAGCUGUUUAUAACAGCAAUAACUUGGAUAUUCAUUUCCCACUCUGCUGUUACAAGAAACUGUUGAGUCCUCCCGUUGUUCCCUGUGAUUCCAAUUCGCCUGUAGGCAUCUGCGGUGUUUCAAUAGAUGACCUGUACCAGAUUAUGCCUGAGUUGGCUCAUGGACUCAGUGAACUUUUAUCUUAUGAAGGUAAUGUUGAAGAAGAUUUCUAUUCAACCUUCCAGGUUUUCCAAGAAGAAUUUGGCGUGAUUAAAUCGUACAGUCUAAAACCAGGGGGUGAUAAAAUUCCAGUUACCAACCAGAAUAGGAAAGAAUACGUGCAGCUUUAUAUUGACUUUCUUCUCAACAAAUCCAUUUAUAAACAGUUUGCCGCAUUUUAUUAUGGAUUUCAUAGUGUGUGCGCUUCAAAUGCACUAAUGCUGCUUCGUCCGGAAGAAGUGGAAAUUCUAGUCUGUGGGAGUCCUCAGCUGGAUAUGCAUGCUCUACAGAGAAAUACUCAGUACGAAGGCUAUGUGAAAACUGACCUGACUAUACGAUAUUUUUGGGACGUUGUACUUGAGUUUUCUCUUGAUCUUCAAAAGAAAUUACUGCAUUUUACUACGGGAAGUGACAGAGUCCCCGUGGGAGGGAUGGCUGAUUUGAACUUCAAGAUUUCAAAGAAUGAAACAUCCACCAACUGGUUGCCUGUGGCCCACACCUGCUUCAACCAACUCUGCCUGCCUCCUUACAAGAACAAAAAGGAACUGAGACAGAAGCUGAUCAUUGGCAUUUCCAAUUCAGAAGGUUUCGGUCUAGAGUAACGUGGAGAACCUCGAGUUCGCUGUUUCUAUGUAGCAUUCCCUUUCCUCUUAUUGUGCCUUUGACCUUUCCAUAUUCUUGUCCCCAACGCCCUGCCGGUCUUUCGCAGUUUCAGCCACUGAUACAUUUGAUACAUUUUGAAGCCGAGGCACAGCGCGGCUCUCCGAAGGCCCAAGAGAGACUUUGCUUGACGGAAGACACCGAUAACGAGGACGGGGCUUUGUGUGGGAUCUCUAGAGCUCUGGACUGCUCAUCGCAAUUUGUUUGUAUCACCCACAUUCCACCGGGAAACCAAGUUCAAAAUUAAAGCAUUCCCGGCAGAGUUAAGCAUAGUAGCAGAUUGGGAAUAGUCAACAGCGAAACAUAGAGCUACUCUGCCAUUGAUUAAAAAAAAAAAAGCAUAUAGCCAUAUUUUCAUAUUGAGGCAAACAACAAUUUAACUGUAAAUUAAAUUUACAGUUCUUUUGAUAUUCUCGCUUUCGUUCCGUGAGGAUUAAAUGGGCUGCUAAAGAAGCAUGUACAUAAUUCCUUGAGGAAAUGGGAUUUUGAUAGUGCCAUUUAUUGCUAGAGAUUUAUUUUUACAAAAUAGAUUCAGGGUUUUAGAUGAGCAUGCAGCUUUUACAAAUUAACUGAAAUGAUUGUCCGGUAACGUAACACUGUAAGAGUAACCGCAUUCAGAGAAAUACACUUGUAAGUGUUAGUGUUAGUCCGCAUGCCUAUAGAUUGCAAUCGGCCAGAAAAUAAUCUCGUUGGGAUCCCCCAGUAGAGGGGCUUUUAAAACGAUAAUUGUCCCGCAAGGCAUCUGAUUGUUCAAAAGGAGACUUAGCAGAAGUCCACAGGAAAUGAAUGACAUUCCUGUUGUCUUCUUGUUUGACAGACCCUGCUUAUUGUAACAGCAGCAACUCUAACCUGUGGAACUGUAGAAUCAAUUUUUAUGACAAAAGUGAAGAAAUGAAUGAACAUUUGUGUCAGAAUACCCUAGUGGUCAACCUCUUGGCCUGAAUGUUUGUUUGACUCACUGCUCUCUGAACAAUAGACUAAAUUCAGACGAUUGUUAGUUUGAAUGUAAAGUAGCAAAGUAGCUUCUGAGGGAAACUGCUUGUAAGGUCACUAUGGGAAGUGCAGUUUUUUGUAAAAGAGAAGCUCUUUAUCAGCUUUCUAAAUAUUUUUCUCAAAGACUAGCUAUGAGCUUUGCUUCAGCAAACUCAGAAGUUAUAUUUUUGCAAUAACAGUAAAAUGAUACCAGCAUGCAUUGCCAGCUUAUAACGCACAUGCAAAACAUACUUUAGUUCACCUUUCCCAAAUUUCUCUGAGUUGCGCUGCUUUCUCGUGGCUUCGCUUCUUGCACCCAACCAGCAGACUUCAACCCGGGUGGAGAAAAAAAACUAAUCAACCGAUUCGUCUGUGAUCCUGAAAUGCUCUGUCUGUAUGAAGUGACUGCUUUUACUAUCUGGGGUUCCUAGUUAUCUGUAGUGAUGAGUGUCUUUAAAAAAAAUCCUGAAAGCUUAAAAUAAUUGCUGACUGGUUUAGUUGUUGUUUUUGUUUGUUUUUAAUUCAUAUGCAACUAAAACUACUUCACUGCUGUAUUGCUUGAAUUAGAUUUGGAGACAUGUAAGUCAGUUUAGACUAAUAAGCACAAAUCGUGGGUAAGAAGUCAGAUCGAGACAUUUCCCUUAUGUUGUAAAUAGAGUGUUUGUUUAGUGAUAGAGCAGAGAAAUGGAAAAUGAUUUUGAUGGCUUGUUGUGCACAUGUAACAAUGUGUCUCCUCUGACACAUUCACAAAAGCUGUUCACCGACGAGCCAAAGUACAUUUUAUGAUUUCAGCUCUCAGUUGUCUUGGUAGUUUUUGUUUCCCAUUGUGAUUAAGAGCAAAUUAUAAUGAUUUUAUUUUUUAAUCCCAAAAUUGUACAUUGCCUUUAUUUAUUAAAAGUUCUCCAGUUUUGGUUUACUGUAAGAUAAUACCUCAUUUUAAAAAAAAGCAACCUGCUGUUUUAUUUUCAUUAACUUUAAAAGACCUAGAAAACUCAUGUAGUUGCAUUUUUAUAUUUCCUCCUGUUAAUAAAUGAAGUAUAUUCAAUUUUGCCACA